AUGGCCAUUACAGAGUCCAACAACAAGAUGGUCGUGGAUGAGAUCGACGGCUCUCGCGACGACGGUGCCGUCAAGGACUCGUCUGAUGUCGUUGUUGAGACCACCCCACCCCAGGUUAACUGGGCGUCGUCCAUCACCAUGGUCAUGGUGGGUGGCAUGGCACUUUUCUCAGACGGAUACAACGCUGCGAUUGUCGGAUUCAUGAACCCGGUGUUGUCACGACUGUAUCCCGAUGACUAUACCUCGUCCAUCAAGACAAGCGUGUCCAACGCGUUUCUCAUUGGCGAGGUGUUUGGCAUGCUCUUCUUUGGCUGGGCAAUUGACAAGCUUGGUCGUCGGAGCGGCAUCCUCUGGGCCACCAUCUUCCUGGUUUUGGGCAUCAUCCUUGCAACUGCUUCACACGGAACAACUAACACGGGCAUGUUUUGGAUGCUCAUAAUUGGACGUGGCGUCGCAGGAUUCGGCGCAGGAGGCGAGUACCCUACCUGCGCAACAAGCACGACCGAAGCCAGCGAUGAGAAUGUCCCUAUUCGACGCCGCCGAGGGAUACUCACAGCCGUCGCUACUGACUUUGCGAUUGAUCUCGGAUUCGUUGUUGCCGGUAUCGUCGCAAUCAUCGUCCUCGUGGCUUACCACAACCAUCUGAGUGACGGUCUUUGGCGUGUCAACUUCGGCAUUGGCAUCACGCUGCCGGUUGUCCUGCUAUUCUUCCGCCUGCGACUCGUAAACUCGACCCAAUACCACAAGCAUGCCAUGAAGAAGCAGAUCCCGUAUCUUCUUGUCCUCCGACGCUAUUGGAAGCCGAUGCUAGGCACCUCUCUGGCGUGGUUCAUGUACGACUUUGUGACUUAUCCUUUCGGAAUCUUCGGGUCCACGAUCCUCGACACGCUGAACCCAGACGGCACGCUACUCCAGACCAUUGGCUACGGCACAGUACUCAACUGCUUCCUCCUACCAGGCACCAUCAUUGGCGGGUUUCUCAUGGAUCGAAUCGGCCGCAAGCAGACCAUGACCCUGGGCUUUGUUCUGUGGUCGCUUCUCGCCUUCAUAAUCGGCGGAGCGCUGAAGCCCAUUCUCACCGUCUUUCCCCUCUUCGUUGUGCUGUAUGGCAUCUUCAAUACGCUCGGCGAGAUGGGCCCUGGUGUCGCAACCUUCCUCUGCGCUGCCGAGUCUUUCCCCACCCCGGUGCGCGGCCACUUCGUCGGACUCGCUGCGGCUGUGGGCAAGGCAGGCGCUGCUAUUGGAACACAAGUUUUCAACCCGAUCCAGAACUCUUUCCACGACGACGAGAAAGGUGUCCAGGGUGUGUUCCUGAUUGGCGCUGCCUUUGCACUAACCGGCGGUGUCAUCUCAUGGUUCCUCAUUCCGGACAAGGAACAAGAUCUUGAGAGCGAAGACGUUCGCUUCAGGCGCUACCUCGAGGAGCAUGGAUAUCACGGUGUAUUUGGGGAAGACGUCAAGGCAACCAUUUCCGCCAGUACUGCUUAG